AUGUCCAGGCGCUUUCGUUGGGCUGAUCUACAGGUUAAGAGGCUGGAGGAAUGCCGAACAGACGACCAUAUGAAGGAGGCACUGCGCACGAUUCCGGACUCGCUCGAAGCCACCUAUCAAACCAUUAUAGACAAUAUCGCAGAGCGGGAUCGGUCCAUCGCACGUGGGAUUCUGAUUCCCAUGUGCUUUUCGGCCGCGCCGCUGGACUUGCAAACCGUGGCUGAUUCCGUGUCACUACGGUCUUCGCGCCAUGUCAUGGACAUUUGUACUACAUCAUUGCUCAGCACAUCGGGUGAGGAGGUUCGAUUGGCCCACUUUUCAGUGAAGGAAUUCCUGGUCUCGGAAGAUGCCGUUGGGAAUAUUUGCCGUUUCUCAGAGCGUGCUGCCAAGGAUCACCUGGCGAAAAAGACGGUUGACUGCAUUUCUUGCCAGACGGAGGAAUUGAACCAAGAAAUGGCGGCCAUAAAGCCUUUCCUUGCAUAUGCGUCUUGUCACUGGCAGGCAUAUGUCGCAGCUCUUGUCGACAUUAAUCCUCAAAACGCAGACCUGGGACGCAAAAUAGAUAGCCUGUUCACCGAGCCAACAGUGUACUUUAAUUGGUCACGCAUAGCCGAUAGUUAUGCGAUUACCAAUGACAACCAAUGGAACAAACUCCGCAGCGAGUGCAAGCCAGCUAUCGAUCGGGCUACUGAAAUGGGGUUAGUAGGGCCCGUGGAUACUCCGGUCAACCAGGGAGCAGACCCUUUGCAAUCCUGGAAGGCCAUGUCAUGGUGUCCGUUGAAACGUGCUGCCCUUGAGGGCCGCUUGAAAAUAGUGGAGUUGCUCUUGAGGAAGAAUAUUACAAUCUCUACCGAGCUCGCCAAGGCCUUGAUCGGUCUCGUGAAGCACGAUGUGGAAGUAGAACACGCAUUGGAAGGCGUUCUGAAGGCCUUGCUGGACCGGGGGGUUCUGCAAGACACGGCACGAGGCCCCAGCGAGUCUAUUUCAGAGCACAUCGUUAGUUACGCGAUGACAAAUCGAUAUUCGGGAUUGCUAAUCCUGAAUAUAUUCCUUGAUUGGCGAGAUAGGGGUCUAGUAUCAGUACCCAUCACUGGCGACGUUAUGCGAUGCGCUGUCGUUUUUUCGUCCCCCGCCGAGGAAAUGCUCGAGUUGCUCUCUAGAAGAUCACAGGAGGGGUUCUAUAUUUCCCCUACAAUGUUUAUCGAUACGGGAGGGCUGCCGAUGCUCUUUGACGGCAUCGCUGCCCUUGCACGUAGGCGACCGGCGAAGCUUCCUCUCUCGGAUGCCCUUUUAGAAGGAAUGGCCAUAAAGUGCGACUCUGCCACCAUGGAUACCCUGCUCCAGGCUCGUCCCGACAUCAAAGUGACAGAGAAAAUCUUGGUGGCAGCUGCACAAAACAACCUGGGUGUAGAUAUGCUCAAGUUGCUGUGGCCGCUGCGAGAACCCGGUGCAUCAAUUACCGAAGAUGUCCUGACUAGUGCUGCAAAGAGCAGGUCACCAAUCAUUUUGAAACUCCUGAUCGACAAACUUCAACCAUCUGUGCAGUUGACAGAAACAGUCAUGAAAAGUAUUAUAGGGAAUUGGGAGUGUGGGCUGUCCAUGAUGAAGACAAUUUUGGAUGACCCGCGCGUUACAUUCGAGGUAUCUGAACCAUUAAUUUCAAUGGCUGCUUCAACAACCCAGGCCCCGCUGGAGAUGUUGGACCUGCUAGUCAACAAUAGCGAGACCGAAGUACAUAUCACUGAGGACAUAGUAUGCGCCGCUGCAGGAAACAUCAUCUACUCAUCAUCUGUUCUGGAAUAUCUUUCUCAUCUGGAGGCCCGUCCCCUUCCCGUUACGGAGAAGGUAGUCAUGGGUGCAAUCCGCAACCCGAAGACUCUGGAAAUAUUGUUCGAGAAAUGUCCCAAUGCUCCUAUUACUGAUCGCGUAUCUCUGGGGGCCUGUUCAUAUGCCGACCAGAUGCGUCUGCUUCUGGACAAACCUCAUGGUGUACUCCCAAUUGAAAAAAUGGUAGAGAAGCUUUCCAACAACUACCUGGAUUCCUGUGUGGUGCUUGACCUGCUGUUUGAGCGAAAUAUUUUGACUGUCAAUGAACAGCUCGUGGAAACCCUGGCCGCAAGCUAUGGGCCGUUGAACACACUGCUUAAUCAAAGGCCAGAUGCUCCAAUCACAGUGAAAGUGUUACUUCAAGCGGCCAGGAAUCCCCGAUCCAUACGUCUAUAG